CCCGCGCCCUGGCCGGCGGGGGUGUUCCCAGAGUUGGCAGCUCGGGACCACGGGGCCACAUCCCUGCUGCGGGCGGGCGCCGCCGAACGCAGCCCCGAGGUCGGCCCGGCCAUGGCGAGGGACAGGCCGCCCGGGAGGGGCUGCAGCCCCCUGAGCCGCUGCCUGCUGGGCGCCGCGCUGCUGCUGGGCCUGCGGCUCUGCGCGGAGCUGCGGCGCGCCGGCCCCCGGCCCCCGGCCCGCAGCGCCCCGCCCCGGCCGCCCGCGCCGCACCUGCCGCCCGCGCCCGGCCCCGCGCGCGGCGCCAGCAGGAGGCAGGUGACCUACGUGCGCAGCGGGCGCCGGGCCCCGCCCGGGGGCGGCGGGAGCGGGACGCUGGAGACGGGCUGCUGCGCCCCGCGAAGGCGCCCCGGCCGGAAGGGUUCCAGAUGGCACAUAGACCUGCAGCCUUGGGCAGGCCCUGCUCAGUCCCUGGAUGAAGAAGCCUCGAGGUUCCUGAGAUAUAUCAGCACCACCCAGAUUGCAUGUGAUCACGUGAGUACAGGCAGCCUGGCUACAGACUCCAGCUCUGCUAAGCAGCCCUGGUCGGUUUGUCUUGAUGACAGGUUUGGCUUAGCUCAUCAAAUCCGCAACAAGCAGUGCCGUCUCUACUCUUUAGGGCUGGGAAGUGAUGAUACCCGGUUUGAAGUUAGCAUGGCCAACAACGGAUGUGAAGUGCAUCGUUUUGAUCCUAGUGUCAAGUCGGCUCAUAUUCUGGAGAAUCAGCGCCUCUGGUAUCACCGCUUGUCCAUUGACUGGCGGGACCCCCAUCCAGCUGUUGCUGCCCUAAAGCCGCAUAGCAACACCAGAAAAUUGGGGACCAUUUUGAAUGAAUUUGGGCAUCACAAGAUUGAUGUUCUCAAAGCAGAUCUGGAGAGUGCAGAAUGGAAAGUUUUGGAAAAUCUUAUUCUGGAAGAUGUCCUGGAACAGAUUGGACAGCUCGUCUUUGAGAUCCAUCUCCACUGGCCUGGGUUCGAGGUCAGCGGCAGCGACAGCAGUGUCGUGCGGUUCUGGUACAGCCUCCUCAAAGAGUUAGAACUAAACGAUUUCAGGCUUUUUCACAGUUACAAAGAUUUAUCUAAACCUCAGCUAUUCCUGAAGAAAGACAUGUUCAAUGCAAGUAGCUGUUAUACUCUUGGUUGGGUAAAUACCAGGUGGAAAUAGGAUGCAGGGCCUCAUCAAAAACUCAAGGAAAUAUUUGCAGAGUGAGUAUGCCAAGAUUCUAAUGAUCACUGUGCAGUCUCCCACCAGCCUGUUACCUGCUUGCGGCAGGCGUUGUUAUUGCCUUUGUGGUGCAUGCAGCCUGGCGCCUGCCAUGAGGUAGGGGCCCGGUUACACCUUGUUGAAGGGUGGACACAGGAAUGCCACAGGAGUCAGCCGUCAUCUGCCCUGACCAGGCUCUUUGCCUGUCUGCCUCUGACAGAGUGGCGAUGCUCAUCUUCCUUCAUUUUUAGUUGGAAGAUAACCUCCCACUUACCUCGGUUUUCUCUAAAGUUCAUUAUGUUUCUACAGGGUGUUCAAAAAAAUGUAUUCACACUUUAAGAGCUGAUAGCUCACAUUUGAAAAUGAAAUGUAUUUUAAUACACACUGCCUUAAUAAUUAUUCAAAGGUGAGUAUACAUUUUUGGGGGACACCUAUAUAAUCCAUGAAUUCACCAACAUGACAUUUUCCAUUUUCCAUUUUCACUGGGUUGAUGAGACUCUUGGGUUUGUAGCCUACUGUUUAACAGAGGACCUUGCAUUUGACUUGAACUCACCUCUUUCAUGUUCUCCUUGUUCACCUGGUCAGGAAUGUCCUUUACACCUUGUGGUUUUCCAUCACUCCUCCUGAGCCUUUGCUGAGGCUAUGCCAUGGUUUAUAAGAAGUACAGUUCUGGUAUCUGGGAACAGACACACCAAAUUCUGUCACUGAGUUUAAGACUAGACGAUAAAGAGCUGCAACUCAGCAUUCUUUUCAUAGCAGCCUUAAAAUCCCCAUCUGUUCCUGUGAACGAAGCACAAAGCAGAAUGAGUGUCUCUAUUGUUGCCUCUUCUGACUUCACACCUGAUUUCUCAACCACAGACUCGCCUAUGCUGUUAAUUCUUUACACACACACACACACACACACACACACACACACACACACACACGAACACAAUCUCAAAGAUGGAAGGGCCAGAGUCUCUUUUCUGGGAUGCUUACACAGCGUUUCCAUAGCACCAAUCCUUUCUACUUAAAAAAAAUUUAAGCAGAAAAUGCAGGUUCUCAAUAGUUCAAGUGAUCCUUUUUAGUUCUAUUUGCAGGAUUAGAUACCCCCAUGAAUAAUUUUCAAGAUUCCUAUUUCAAAUAAAUUAAGUAGUAUAAAAUCAACCAAAUUAUUACCUUAUUGUAAGUUAAGUAUAUUUUCUGACACUUUUUAUAGACUAACAGAGCAGGAAAACCAUGCCAUACAUGUUUGUUCAAGAAAUUUGAGGAGGGAAUAGGAUACUGGUUACUACUGAACUUUAUUCCCUUCCCCAUUAAAAAAAAAAUCUACUUCUACCUGAGACAUUCCCUGGGUUGGCUUUUUGGGUUUUGCAGUGUUUGAAAAUAUCAUUCCUCAAGUGAGAAACCAAGAUAUAUUAGAGUUGGAUGAUCUCACUAAUUUUGGGUUCAAAAGAAACAAGACUUUCUGAAUUAGUGAUGAAUAAAUGAGGCUUUUAUUUUAAAACCCAUAGCACACUAAUGAAAGUCAUUGAGGUGGGAAACCAGCUUGCACAGGUGUGAUUUGUAACCGCACUUCAGUUGCUUUUACUGUCCACAGGAAUUUCAGAGGCACAAGGGGCCAUAAAAACUCUAAGGUCAUACUGUUGGUUUGCAUGGCAUAGCCUCCAAAACAAAGUUAACUUUUAGUCCAGUUCCUGUUUGGAUUAUGUCACAGAUUCUCUUUUAUUUUUUUCAUAAAAAUCCUAUACACUGAAGUAUAUACAGUAAAUGUUUUUAUACAUUCAGUCCUUUAAACCUUCUUAUACAUUAACAUAUGAAGUAUACUGAUCUUAAGUGUCCAGAUGUAUACACAAUCAUAUUCCUAUUUUUAAUUCAUGGGCUUGAAGACUUGGGCAUUACUGAAAGCCCCCUUUGUACAGGGCAAGUUACCACUUAUUCCAGAUUGGUGGUACAGAACACUGACUUCAUCACACUCCAUAUAUAUAUGUGAAGCAAGAAUGGGUGUACUGUUUAAAAAAAAGACGAACUCAAAAUAAAUCACAAACACACCCACCCACGCCCACCUACCAGGCAGCCUGUUCAGUAUUAUUCGUACUUAUUUUAUGCUUAUUUCUGAGACUGUCCUUCAUUCCCUUCAUGGAGAGCUUGAAGUUUAUGAUGUUCUGACUGUUGCUAUGGUUUCCCUGCAUCUAGAAUUUAUUGUGAUUCUUGUGUUGGCCAGCGUUUCUUAACCUCAGCACUACUGCCAUUUGGGGCUGGAUCAUCCUUUGUUGGGGGAGGGAGUGCACUGUGGGAUGUUUAGCAGCAUCUCUGGUCCUCCCCACUAGUCACCAGAGCACCUGCUCCCUCCCUUUCAGUGUGACAACCAGACACGUCUCCAGAUGGUGCAGA